GUAGAUCAUUUCAGUUACUGUAAUCAACUGCCUUUUGCCGUAAAUCGUCACUUGUACAUUACAAUAGAACGAGCAACCAUUAUCCUCCUAGAAUGGCUUCACCACACCACGUCCUUAUCCUCGGUGGCCACGGCAAAAUCGCCCAGCUGCUCACACCACUGCUGCUCAAGCGCGCCUGGACCGUCACCAGCGUAAUCCGCAAACAAGAACAAGUGCCCACCGUCGAAAAGCUCGGCGCCGGAUUGCCAGGCAGGCUCAGCGUGCUUGUCCGAAGCAUUGAAGACGUCGAUAGCCAGGAGAAGGCAGCGAGCAUCUUGGACGAGGUCAACCCAGACUAUGUCGCAUGGAGCGCAGGUGCUGGAGGUAAAUACGGUGCUGAAGGUACAUACCGCAUCGACCGCGACGCCGCAAUCAACUUCAUCAACGCAGCCGCAGCCAAACCAUCCAUCAGUCGCUUCCUCCUCAUCUCCUACAAUGGUUCCCGGCGCAAGGGAGCUCCUUGGUGGACCGCCAGCGAAUGGGAAGACUACCACAAGAAUAUCAACUUUGGCGUAUUAGCGACCUACUACCAAGCCAAGAUCGCUGCCGACGAGGUCCUAUACGAAGUAUCCAAGCAGAGCCCGACUUUAGUAGGCAUUGACCUCCGUCCUGGCACAUUGACAGAGGCUCCCAAGGGGAAUGUCACACUGGGAAAGAACAAGAAUGUCCGGGGAAACGUCUCUAGGGAAACGGUAGCCUACGUUACGGAUGCUAUUCUUGCUGCAGAGGGAGUCAAGAGCGGGUGGAUAGACUUGCUGCAGGGUGACGACGAUAUUGACGAAGCCGUUGCUGCCGUGGUUCGUGAUAGCGUUGAUGCUGCUGAGGGUGAAGAUAUUUAUGCAAAGUACGCGUAGACUGUGCGCAGUCAAAUAGAGAAAAAGCUCAAAACAUUUGAUCAAAUUGUAACAUUAUUAAUAUUAUUGCACAUGGCUUCCUAUCUGCUAGUUC